AUGGAUAUCUCCGUGUUAUUGGAUUUAUCUCAACCUUACGAUCUCCAAAAGGUUGAGAUGUUGGAUGAGUUAGUGGGCGUUAUGUAUGGUUUACGUCCUGGUGAUAGAGUAAUUGCAGAUAAAAUAUUGAGCGAACUAAAACAGAAAACUGAUUCUUGGAGAAUAGUUGGUAAUAUUUUGCAACUAAGUACUGACUACAAUACUAAAUUUUUUGCACUAAGUAUUUUAGAGAAGUGCAUUCAAUUUCAAUGGAAAAUUUUACCAUUUGAUCAAAAGACUGGUAUUAAGCAAUAUAUUACUGAAUUGUGUAUUGAACUUUGCCAAGACGAAAAAAUUCUAAAUGAAAAUAAACAUUUUUUGAACAAGACAAAUGAAACUUUGAUUAUGAUCGUUAAACAAGAGUGGCCUGAAAAUUGGGAAAAUUUUAUUACUGAGAUAUGCAAUGCAGCCAAAACAAAUCAAUACAUAUGUGAUAAUACUAUGAAAUUAUUGAGACUUUUAAGCGAGGAGGUUUUUGAUUUUGGUGAAGAUCAAAUGGUUUCUAAAAAGGUUGAAAAAUUAAUGGAUAUAUUAAAUCAACAGUUCCCUCAAAUUCUGUCAUUAAUACUAUUUGUAUUAGCUUCUUAUUUAGAAAACCCACAAAAUAUAAAAGUUAACCUAGUAGUUUCAUCACUACAGUGCUUGUGCCAUUAUUUAAAAUGGAUCCCACUAAAUUAUAUAUUAGAAUGUGACUUGAGGCCUCAACUACCUCAGUCAGUUGCUUCAACUGGUAAUAAUAGUAUUCUUUACAAUCUUCUCCAAUUUCUUUUAGACCAUUUUUGGGGAAAUCCUUCCUUUAGACUCGAAUCAAUCAAAUGCCUAACUGAAAUUUCUCCUUUGAAAUUUGAUGAAAAUACAAAAGAUAGCAAUGGAGGUAUUAACAAACAGAUUGAAGAUCAAAUGGUUCAUAUAUGGCUUUCAAUUGUUAAUCGCAUUAAAGAAGUGCCGAAUGAAUACGCUCAUUAUGACAGUAUACCAAACCUCUCUACAAGUAUGAGAUUGUAUUAUGAAAGAUAUUUUAAUUAUAUCGCACUAUUGCUUUCUAGCUUCAUUAAAACUCAUAGAUUGACCAUUUGUGAGAAAUAUCCUGAAACUAUACAAGGUAUGGAUUUUGCUUUGGAACGUAUGGUAAAUAUAAGUUAUAUUCAAAACGAUGAAAUUUUUAAGGUAUGCGUCGAUUUUUGGCUUCACUUCACCCAACAACUCGUAUAUGAUGUUUUAGAUAAUUCAAAAAAGAAACCAAAUGACACUUCGAUGACAAAUUCUCAAGCCAAAUCUUCACCUUUAUUUUUAUUGAAAAAUGAUUCUUUUGGUAAUAUUGAUAAUUCGGAGUCUCAUAGACAAGAGAAUCCAUUUAACAAUCCCGAAGAAUAUAGUUCUAGAUUAGUUCAUUAUCAAUCCUUAUUGUGCGAUGUCAGGAAAAUGGUAAUAUGUAGGAUGGCAAAACCACAAGAAGUUUACAUUGCAAUUGAUCCUGAAACGGGCGAGGUAACUAGAGAAAAUAUUCCGGAUACAGAUGAAAUAUCUUUAUAUAAAUCUUUGCGUGAAAUAUUAAUUUAUUUAAGUAACCUAGGACAAAAUUAUAUGGAGAAGAUAAUUUUACAAUUGCUUCAGGAGGAAUUCGAAAUUGUUUGUAUCAAUUGUGGAGUUAUUUGCACAUGCAAUUCCUCCUCUGUGAAUCAAUGGAAUCCUAUAAAACUUAAUAGAUUAUGUUGGGCGGUAGGUAGUAUUAGUGGAAGCUUGAGUAAAAAUAUUGAAAGAAAGCUAAUAAUAGAAGUCAUUAAAUCACUUUUGAUGCUUUGUGAGAGAAAACGAGGUAAAGCCAAUAAAGCCGCUGUAGCUAGUUGUGUUAUGUACGUAGUAGGACAGUAUCCUAGGUUUCUCAGAGAUCAUUGGAAGUUUCUUCAAACCGUUAUUAAUAAGCUAUUUGAGUUUAUGCACGAAACAUUUCCUGGAGUAAAAGAUAUGGCAUGCGAAGCUUUUUUGAAGAUCGCAACAAAAUGUAAAAAAUCGAUGAGUUCGAAUAAUUAUAUUGAUGGGAACAAUAAUAGAAAUUCAAAUAAUCAAAUGAUAUCUGGAAUUAUUGAUGGGGGUUCACAGGAUAUUAAGUUUUUAAAGUAUAUGAUAGGAUACUCGCAAGAACUAAAACAACAUCUUGACGACAAACAAAUACUCAUUCUAAUACAAGGAAUUUCACUAACUAUUUCUUCUCUAAAAGAUCUUGAUGAACAAUAUUUGUACAUAAAUGAAUUGCUGCACAUUUUUGAUGUUUUAUACUGGAAUGAUCUUGUUUCCAGAUUGGUCGAAUUAAAAUCAAACCGUGACAACCAAGGAAUAGUUAGUGAGUUAUGUUCAAUGGAAUGCUCACAAAAGUUAAUUAUUAUCGUACGUAUUAUGGAAACAAUUGCAUCUAGCUGUGGAGUUGGCUUUGCUCGUGUGCUUAUUGAAAGGAGCUCAUUUUUAGUUGAGUUUUACAAAUUUUAUUCCAGUUUUAUAACUUCAGAAGUUCAACAAAAAGGGGCAGUUAUUAUUUCCCAUGCUCAUAUUAAACAAUUAAGAAUUUCAAAAAAAGAAAUCAUUAAAUUAAUAAACUCAUUUAUUUCAUUUAUUGCGCCUAGAAAAAAACUAAAGUUAACUGAAAACAAGAAUUUUUCCGGGUAUAUAACAGAUACACAAUCGAUAUUAUACCACAAUAUCACAGGAUCAGAAAUGCUACAAUAUAUUAUACGCCCAAUUUUUAUUCCUGUAUUAGAAGAUUAUCAUGCAUGUAUUUCUGAAAUUAAGGAAUCCCAAGUGCUUAUCUUAUCAAGUACAGUUAUAGUGCGUUUAAAUGAUAUUGUUAGGGCGAACAACGAGUUUUUUAAUACUAUUAUUUACCAUUUAUUUGAAUGCACUCUAUCUAUGAUUAAGGAUAAUUUUCAUGCAUAUCCAGACCACAGAGAGCUCUUUUAUUCUUUCUUGGCCGAUUGUAAUGAAUUUUGUUUCCUGCAAUUAUUCAAUCUGCCAGGAAAUAUAUUAACGCUUUAUAUUGAAAGUAUAAUUUGGGCUAUAAGGCACGAACAACCAAAUAUGGCAGAAAAAGGAUUAAUCGUAUUAUACAACUUUUUAAUGAAUUUGAUCAGCCAUAACUCAAAGGAUAUUGGUAUUCAAAAUACAUGUGCUCAAAAUAAUACGCUUUCUCAAUUUUGCCAUGCAUUUUAUUUAACAAUAAUUAGGGAAAUAUUUGGUGUAUUAACUGAUACAUUACAUACGUCGGGCUUUCAAUAUCAAACAAUGGUUCUUUAUGAGCUAAUUAAAAUUUCAGAGUUUUCAUUAUUUGAAGGGAAUCAAAGCAAUAAACUGGCUCAAAAUAAUUCUAAUUCCUCAUUCAGAUGUGAUAAUUGCCAGGGAAGCACGUGUAAAAUUUCAAAAGUUGGAGUAAUGGAGUAUAUUGCGGACUUACUCAUUAAAUCAUUUAUUACUGUCCAAAAGGAGCAGGUUGAAGUCUUUGUAUUAGAACUUUUUAAUAGUGUUCACAGCAAAACUAUCUCUGAUUUUCAAAGACUUGUACAUGAUUUUCUUAUUCAAAUUAAGGAAUUUACUAAUGAAGAAAGUAAACACAUGUUUGAAAUAGAGAAGGGCAUUGCAUUAAAACGUGCAAUUGAAAUUGAAAAGAACAAGCAGUGGAUGAUCCCCGGCUUGCUAAACCAAGAAAUUGGAUUGAAUUCUAUCGGUUGUGAGGGUGAAGAAGAUGAUAUUGAAGAUGAUGAUGAAUAA